AUGAAAGGGGGCUUCUAUGGUUUGAAGGUUGCUCAGGUCUCUCUCAUCCUCAUUGGAUUCGUAUGCGUUGCUGUUCUUAUGUUGGCAUGGACCAAAACUACAGUUUUGGAUCCACCUGAAGGUGCUGGAUUGCUUCUAACUUCAGGUCAACAGAGAUACAAUGAUUUUUCCAGGGAAAUGGAGGAGAAAGUGGAUGUUGAGGAACAAAUGGCUACCAACAAUGCAAUCUCCUUCAGAGGGAUGGAUGAAAGUGACAAUGAUUCAAAUGGUGGAGAUGUUGCAUCAACUGUUGAAGAAGGUACUCAUAGAAAAGAUGUUUCAGAAAUUAAGAGUGGUUCAGACAUAUCUGAAGAUGAAUCUAUAGGAUUGGAGAGUUCUGCAAGCAUAGAAUCUUCUGAUAGGAAGGCCUCCCCUUAUGGAAAACAUGAUCAGUAUUUCAAUUCUCUUAUGAAGGCACAAGACUGUAAUUUUGGCAAAGGUAAGUGGAUUAAUGAUGAUUCUCGACCUUUGUAUUCUGGGUUUGGUUGUAAGCAAUGGUUGUCCCCAAUGUGGGCUUGUCGCUUGACACAGCGCACUGAUUUCGAGUAUGAGAAAUUGCGCUGGCAGCCAAAAGAUUGCGAAUUGGAUCAGUUUACUGGUGAAAAAUUCUUGAGAAGGAUGUCCAACAAAACUCUGGCUUUUGUUGGGGAUUCAUUGGGUAGGCAGCAGUUCCAGUCAAUGAUGUGCAUGAUUAGUGGUGGCAAAGAGAUGCCUGAUGUUCUUGACGUGGGAUCUGAGUUUGGCCUUGUGAAAGCUUCUGGUGCUACACGUCCUGAUGGGUGGGCUUAUAGAUUCUCAAGGACCAACACCACCAUCCUUUAUUAUUGGUCUGCAAGCCUUUGUGAUUUGGAGCCCCUAGAUAUCUCUAACCCUGCGACUGAUGUUGCCAUGCACCUGGAUCGGCCGCCUGCAUUUUUGCGAAGGUUCCUGCACCGAUUUGAUGUCCUUGUCCUUAACACAGGACAUCACUGGAACAGAGGCAAGCUUAAUGCCAACCGUUGGAUCAUGUAUGUUGGUGGUGCACCUAAUACUGAUAGGAGGAUUGCAGCAAUCAAUGGUGCAAAGAAUCUUACAGUCCAUAGUAUUAUUGGGUGGGUAAACUCCGAACUUCCCAAAUAUCCUGGCCUGAAAGCAUUCUAUCGAACCAUAUCGCCCAGGCAUUUCUUUAAUGGAGAAUGGAAUACUGGGGGUACCUGUGACAAUACUUCUCCUCUAGCUACUGGUAAGGAAGUUACACAAGAGGAGUCCAGUGAUCCUGUUGCUGCGGCAGCUGCAAAGGGCACGAGCGUCAAGCUCUUGGACAUCACAGCUCUAUCUCAGCUUAGAGAUGAGGGACAUAUAUCCCGCUACAGCAUCAAAGCCACACCAGGAGAACAGCCACUUGAUACUAACACAAGGAUAAAGAGGAAGGGUCAGCUGCUCCCUCAUGCGGCUGAUUUGAGGUUGUCGUUGGAGGCAGAAGUUCUGCAAGUGGAGAGGCAUUGGUUUGGAACUGAAAAAAGCCGAGAUAUAAAAUUGGGACGAAUUAAAAUUUGUUGCAUACUAGUGGUAGUGAGGAUGAAAGGAGGCUUUUGUGGUGUAAGGGUUGCUCAGGUCUCGCUCAUCCUCACUGGGUUUGUAUGCCUGGCUAUCAUCGCUUUGUGGUCAAAAACUACAUUAUUACGCCCACCUGAUGGAAUUGUAUUGUUCCUGCAGCCAGAAAAUUUUCCGAGGGUCAUAAAAGGUGCUCAGGAGAAAGUAGCCCCAGAAAAUAGUAGUUCAACAAUGGCUAAAAAUGCCUUUGUUGCACCAGGAAGCUCUGCAGUCAUGGAAACUUCUAAUACAGACUCUUCAAAAGGACGACCGACUAAUUAUUCCAGAACUUCCAGAGAAACCCAAGAGUGCAACUUUUGGAAUGGAAAAUGGAUCAUUGAUGAUACUCGGCCUUUGUACUCCGGCCUUGGUUGUAAGCAAUGGUUGUCCUUUAUGUGGGCUUGUCGGGCCGCAAAUCGUACUGACUCUGAAUAUGAAAAACUUCGGUGGCAACCUAAGAAUUGCGAAAUGGAAGACUUCACUGGUCCAAAAUUUUUAGAAAGGAUGUCCAAUAAAACUCUGGCUUUCAUUGGGGAUUCAUUGGGUAGGCAGCAAUUCCAGUCACUGAUGUGCAUGAUUACCGGUGGUGAAGAGAGGCCAGAUGUUCUUGAUGUGGGAAUAGAGUACGGUCUUGUUAAAGCUCGUGGUGCUAAACGCCCGGAUGGCUGGGUUUAUCGGUUCCCAAGCACCAAUACUACUAUCCUUUAUUAUUGGUCCUCAACCCUCUGUGACUUGGAGCCCCUAAAUACCUCUAACCCUAUGACCGACAUUGCCAUGCAUCUGGAUCGGCCACCUGCAUUUUUGCGUCGGUUCCUUCACCGGUUUGAUGUCCUUGUCCUGAAUACAGGACAUCAUUGGAAUGAAGGGAAACUUAAGGCCAACCGAUGGGUCAUGCAUGUUGGUGGUACGCCCAACACUGAUGGGAAGACUGCAGAGAUGAGUAUUGCCAAGAAUCUUACAGUUUACAGUACCAUCGGUUGGGUAAACUCUCAGCUUCCUAAAUAUCCUGGCUUAAAAGUAUUUUAUAGGUCAAUAUCACCCAGGCAUUAUGCCAAUGGAGACUGGAAUACUGGAGGAACCUGUGACAGUACUUCUCCAUCUGCUGGCAAGGAAGCUGUACAAGAUGAGUCCAUUGAUACUGUUGCUGCAGGAGCUGUGAAGGGCACUGGUGUUAAGCUCUUAGACAUCACAGCUUUGUCUCAGUUGAGAGAGGAGGGUCAUGUAUCUCGAUACAGUAUUCGGCCCACACCAGGGGUGCAGGAUUGCUUGCAUUGGUGCUUGCCCGGUGUUCCUGAUACAUGGAAUGAAAUACUUUUUGCACAGAUCUAA